UUAAAACACUUGUUAUCCUUCCAUUUAAAUGUUAAUUCCCCUAUUCUUCAUUACCAAAAUAAAACACACAGAAACCCUGUGUGUUUUGUGUGUGCAUCAUCACCUUCAAUAUGUGUAAUGACUAAGCUGUUCAGCACAGAAACACAUGAGCUAUGAUCAAAAAUAAACCUUAUUAUCACCUUCAAUUAGAUGUCUAUCCAAUAUUAAGCCUAGAAAACUGAAAAUGAAAAUGAAAAAAUCUCCUCCUCACUCCUGUAAGACAACCCAUACUGCAAAAAUGAACAAGCAAUAACCUUGUUCUUUUUUUAUAAUUCUUGAUAGCAGAAAUUAAUGUGCCUGAGUUAAUAGAAAUGUAAUUGGUUUUAUUUUGAUUGUGUUUCUCCGGCUGUGUGUGGCGUCAGUAGCUCACCCUUGUCUUGUUGCUGACUACCCCAUUCAUCAGGCUGUCCAAAAAUAAACACAUGAAAAUACAGAGGGACUAUUUGACCCUAUAUUGACCAUCCCAGUAAAAGAUAUAUUUCCCAUUUUGUUUGUGAAUAUCUUGUGUUGUCUUUUGGACAACUUUUACCUUUUUUUUUCUUGGAAAAUGAAGCUGUUAAAAUAAUUCAUAGUUGAAGUAAAUUCAAACCAAAAUAAAAAUAAUACUAACAACAUCAUGAACAUACGUGGCAGCUUUCAUUGUGGAUGGAUCUGAGACAGCAGCCUGUAACACCCUACGUUAAUAUGUCGAUAUACGCUGGUCCUUUUAAUCCUCGCUAUCCUCGCGAGACCUGGGGUUACGCUUUGCAGCCAAAUAACGGGAGGCACGACGCUGGGAUAUCAGUUUAGAUAAUAAGUUACAUUCAGGGUUGUUGUUCAGUAUGUUAGCCGGUUGACAUGCCAAAGUACAAAGUCCUCCUGCGUGGUUUCUAAUAGAUACUUCUAAAAGGCAUGCAAAUGGAAUCCAGUGAAAUAGCGUAAUGCACUCGCAGGAAACGAUUGGCCACUUCUGAAAAGUUCGGCAGCCCAUCGCCCGCGGAACAGAUGAACGGGACGUCCCUUCCUUUUAGAAGCUCACGUCAACGAUUGUCCUAAAUUUCCCAUCCGCUGAGGCAUAUGACCGGAGUCUCACGGAGUAGGCGUUUUCUCGCCUGUAAAGUGUUGUUUUUCUCCCUGCAAACUGACGCACAGCGUAAAACUGCUUAACUGCGCCGACUGAAGAUGGCCUUUCACUCGAGCUUGUCUGUUUUGGAAGAGACGUCAGACUCUUUCAUAGUAAACGAGCGGGAUCCGUCGGAUGCCACGGGCACCUGUGCUUGCCCGACUACUGCUGAGCUCAGUAAGGCAGUGUCGGUGUCCUUGGGUUUGGAUACGGUUUCUCCUCCGCUCAACAACAUUAACCAGUGCUCUUCCAGCAGCACCUUUACAGACUUCGACCCCACGGUGAACAGUUCUCGUGGAGCGCCGGAGUUUGGAACCGCUCGAAAUAUGACCUCAGAAGGCAGCAGGGUUCUGCUCAACGACUCUAACCUAAGAGAGGACGACUCUGGGGAGGUAUGGCAUGACUCUCAGCGAGUGAGCUGCAUGGACCUGCUGCGAUCGAGCGACAUGGACACCGCGCAGACCAUGACGCGCGGCCAGGUGAUAUCCAGAUAUGUCCGCAAGGAUUCAGACUUAUUUAUGAACGCGGUGGUAGCGCAGUCCGCGACCUUUCAGGUGGACGAGCUCUUACCUUUGAAAUCGCACCCCGCUUAUUCUGCCAAUCCAAACAUAUACCGAGAUGCCCCGAGUGUGUGGUGUGCAUACAGCGGACAGUCCGAGCCAGCGAGAGGCGGAACUGGCGGACACACUUUGUUGGCUAAAUACUGUAGUUGUGGGCAAGUCUCUAAUGGAUCCAGUCAGGAGUGCCACUGUGUCUGGUACAAAAAGGGUGAGCAAGGUCGUAAAGGUGGCACGCGAGCAGCAAUGGCACAAGAAUAUGGUCAAGUGGAAAGUUACCAAAGUGCGGUCCCGCGGGGUCAUGCCACUUUUCCCACGAUCAAGACCGAACCUUCAGUUUGGGUGGAUUGCGUAGAUCGUAAUUUCAGGCAUGAGGAUUUGUUUCCCAGUGUGUACCUAUCAGACAGAAGAGUGUGUCAGGUGUGUGGUGACGAUGCCUCCGGCUGUCACUAUGGAGCAGUCACCUGUGGCAGCUGCAAAGUAUUCUUCAAGAGGGCUGCUGCAGGUAAGCAGAACCACCUGUGCGCCAGCCGGAACGACUGCACCAUUGACAAACUGAGGCGGAAAAACUGUGCCUCAUGUCGUUUAAAGAGAUGCUUCAUGUCAGGAAUGAGCCUUAAAGGUCGCAGGCUGAAGGGAGCCGGGCAGUCGAGGAGCGGAGAGGAGGAACAACUUCUGGCUCCCUGGGGGACUGGGGAACAAGGGGAAAGGGCCGCAAAGAAAGACGUCAUCUUGGAGCACGGAAGUGUGGCUGCCAGGUCUCAAACAUCUCAAGCCCUGGCUCUCAGCAUCCCGCCAGCCCUGCGCUCCUGCCUGUCCCUGCUCAAUGUCUUGCAGACCAUUGAGCCAGCUGUGGUCAAUGCUGGACAUGACCAUGCCCAGCCAGACAGCCCUGCAUCCUUGCUCACCAGUCUCAAUGAACUGGGGGAAAGACAGCUGGUGACCGUUGUGCGCUGGGCCAAGGCAAUACCAGGUUUCCGUGACUUGCACGUAGAUGAUCAGAUGUCAGUGAUUCAGUUGUCGUGGAUGGGAGUGAUGGUGUUCGCUCUGGGUUGGAGGUCCUACACACUUACUAACAGCUCCAUGCUCUACUUUGCUCCAGACCUGAUCUUCAAUGACGAGCGGAUGCAGGUGUCCAGUAUGUAUGAACACUGCGUGAGGAUGAAGCUGCUCUCCCAACGGUUCUGCAUGCUGAAGGUCACCCAGGAGGAGUUCCUCUGCAUGAAGGCACUGGUCCUUUUCAGCAUCUUGCCAGUGGAGGGCCUGAAGAGCCAGCGUUGUUUUGAUGAACUGCGGACCUCCUACAUCAAGGAGCUGGACCGCCUGGCCAGCCAACGCGGAGAGACCACCCGUACACAGAGACUGUUUCAGCUCACGCAGCUGCUGGACUACCUCCAGUCGAUUGUGAAGAAGUUACACCAGUUCACCUAUGAACUGUUUAUCCAAGCUCAGUCCCUGCAGACGCGUGUCAACUUCCCAGAGAUGAUCUCAGAGAUUGUGAGCGUUCAUGUGCCCAAGAUCCUCACAGGCAUGGUCAAGCCCAUUCUUUUUCACAAUACAGCCUAGAGGAGAGUCUCUUUGAUUGUCCUGUAUGUCACUUGAGCUCCGGUACCCUGUCCUUUGGCCAUUUCUGGUUAGCUUGAAAUGGCUAUAGAGAGUUUCUGAAUUUAUGGUGGGAAAGUAGAAGCUCCUUUUCGCCUAUAAGGUGAAAAUGGGGCAUGUCGAGGCUAUUAGCAGCCGAAGGGCAUACAGCACUUUCUUUUAUUCUUGUAAUUGUGUCUCCUCUCUUCUUCUUAUUGCCUGUUACCUGUAUCAUGCACAUCCAGUGUUUCUGGAGCAGACUAAAGAACAUUUAGCAUGCAUUCCUCUGCACAAGCUCAUGAACUGGCAGUCACCUUGCAUGUAGACUUCUUCACAUUGAUAACAUGACAGCAUGUCAUUUUGAGAGGUAAGACAGUAAUGACAACAGGGUUCCCACGGUCAUGACAAGUUUUGAACUCAUACAAGUUCAAAACCUUGUUUUUCAGACCUGUAAAGAGUCACAGACUUCAGAAAAAUCCUUGAAAGUUUUGGAAAGUUUUGUGAAAUGAAAUUAACUGUUACAAUAAGCUUCCACUGAUAACCUUCCCUGUAAUGUAACGUAAAGACAAAUGUAUUUUCUGUAGCUGGUGACGUGACGUCGCUGUGUGUCGAUGUGUGCCAGUGUUUUCUUUGUUAUCACGUACGUCUCUCCAUAUGACAGCUAACCGAAGUUGCGUUUGUAUAGAGUUAAAAUUUCAUAGGUUUGAGAAAAAAAAGCCGCUUCGACAUUAGCUAUGUAGGAGCUGAAGUUUUCCAUCAACACAUUGAGCAAACAUUACUGUGUGUCACAUUAAGAGGCUUCAUUGCAACUCUGUGUUUGUUCACACUGAAGUGAUUGCUUGUCCGAGCCAUGUGAGAGUUUGGCAUUAAUCAAACUAAAUUACAUUAAUUACAAGUCUGAGCAAAUAAAGUGCCUUUAACAGCACAGAAGCCAAUGCCUUACGAAACAACACAAAGUACAUAACGUGGACAUUUUAAAGCCGCCUUCCUGAAAUGUAAUGUUAGCUAUCGCUAACUUCAUAGCAUUUCACAAUUCGGCUCAUAGCAAGAGGGUUCCAGGUUCGAAUCCCGGUCUGGGCCCUUCUGUGUGGAGUUUGCAUGUUCUCCCUGUGCCUGCGUGGGUUUUCUCCGGGUUCUCCGGCUUCCUCCCACAAUACCAAAAAC